GGAGACCGGUGGAUGUUUGGAGAAGGUAACAUCAUGGCGUCGGGAGCAGGAGAGCAGUCCACUGGACACGAUGCAGAAUUGGACGAAUUGUUGGACAGUGCGCUGGAUGAUUUUGACAAGACACCGGCCCCUCCAGCCCCUCAAGCUGCUGCUGCGUCCUCUUCAGCCACAAGUGGUGCUGAGAAGCCACCCCUACUUGAAGACUGCAAACUCUUUGAGACUCUCUUCGAGGGGGACAUGGCUGCCCAAGCCAAGGAGGAGUGGGAGAAAGCCAUGACUGAGCUGGCCCACGAAGAGCCAGAAUUACUGCAGCACUUCCAUAAACUGUCAGAGGCUGCAGGCAAAGUUGGCACUGAUACUGCCUCCCAACAAGAAUUCACUUCCUGUCUUAAAGAAACUCUUCGUGGCCUGGCCAAAAAUGCAGACAACCUGCAGUCCACAGGACUAGCUGGAGACGACCUUGUCAAGGCUCUAGAGGGCCUGGGUUUGGAAGAGGGUGGCGAAGCAGGCAGUGAUGACGGAAACAUCCUGCCCAUCAUGCAGUCCAUCAUGCAGAAUCUUCUCUCUAAGGAAGUGCUUUAUCCAUCUCUCAAAGAGAUCACUACCAAGUACCCAGAAUGGUUGGAUGCCAACAAGCCAAGCCUUAGCCCAGAGGACUACCAGCGCUAUGAGCAGCAGUCCAAAAUCAUGGGAGAGAUCUGUAAGCAAUUUGAGGAAGAGGGUCCAGAAGAUAAAGAGGGCACGUUCGAGAGCAUCAUGGACCUGAUGCAAAAGCUGCAGGACCUUGGCCAACCACCAAAAGAGCUAGCAGGUGAUGCGCCUCCGGGGUUCAACUUUGACAUGGAGUCCCUCAAUCUCCCAGGAGGCCCCGGGGCUGGGGCGGCAGACCAGUGCUCCAUCAUGUGAUGAGGUAGCACUGCAGUCCAUCAGAAGCACUGAAGCCCCCAAAGGCCACUCUGUGUGCAUCAGUGACGGGCAGGGAGUGAAGGCGUGUGAAGCAAAGGUCAGGCAGGAGUGUGACCAAACUGUCGAUACUGUUCUCCCUCAUGUAGAAGGUGUGUGGAUGCAGAAACAGGAGGCGGCACGAUAACCAACAGGAACAACACAAACCAAACACACCCUCUUCUGUCUAAAAUCACUGAAUGCACGACUGAGAACAUUCUAACAUCUCUGCAUUAGUUUGUCAGCAGAGGCUGCAUUUCCUUCACGGUUUAGUUUUAACAGCAUUCCUUAAAAAAAACAAACAAACACAAAAAAAAUACAACUGCCGAUCAUCAUGUUGUUUUUACAAUACUGUUUAGCCUCACGGUAAAAUCUAUCAAACCACUUCACGGGUAUAAACGGUGCCUUUGCAUAAUGAAUUUGUCAUUAUUUUAGGUCUUUUACUGUCAUUCAGCUAAAGCACUUGAGAAGUAAGUUUUAAAAUGGUGUGGAUUUUGCAAUAUUAUCCCAUGUUGACACCAAGUUAGUAAUAAUUAUUUGUUACUUCAUUUAACACACACCUCUGUUUCUGUACAAGUUGUAGAGGAUGUAACUUAAUGAGUUAAUUACAUAUUAACAUGUAAAAAAUCUGGGAAAAAGUAGUGUACAUUUGUUAAUAAUUUAAAUAAUUAAAAAGACGAAAAGUAUGAGAGGUUUCCAGUGCUAACUGUAAUUCAGCCAACUAAUCUAACAAGACCCAUCGUCCCCUAGGAAUUAAUUUGAAGUGACUGAGAUGGUGAUUUCCUUCCAAAUAUGCCUUUGCUGUGGUUUCAUUGAUCAUAGUGUAGAGUUACUGUGCAAAGUGCUCCCCUUGUGAUUCCCAGUGUUUUUAACGUGCAGAGUGAUGUUUUCUUCAGUAUGGGGUCCCCGCCAGGAAAGAAAAAUAAGUGAGUGGUAUUCAGGACUGUUUGCCAAUUUAACCCUAACCCUAACCCUCCAUCAAAAGUACAUCGUGUUCUCAUCAGAAAAGGUGACACAGUACUAAACAUCACAUUGUGUCUCACAAGGGUAGAAACAUGUCUACAAUUCACACAGAUGCAGUGCUGCGUAAAACAUGAUCAGCUGGAUGACAUGUUGGCUGUGCUUGUUGGGUUUGUUUACUCCAGCAGCCACUUUUCACCAGCUUCUAUUGCCAGUGGACAGAUUUUACCGCUGUGACCCGUAGAGAGAGGUCUAGAAAUCACACGACCAUCAGCACAUCAAUAACUGUAUAAUAAAGGGGUACUAUGAAAGGCUUCAGCCAGCCAUGCACCUGAAAGAGCUCAGCUUUACCUCGAACACAGUAGAGGGGAGACUUUGCUGUGGAGGUCCAUAAAGGGGGUGGGGGUGCAAUCUAUUCAACUCUCAGGGCCAAUGCAAACACGCCCAGAGCACCGUUAAAAAAAAUGCGACCUGUUAUUUGACACUAUUUUGUUUUGUUUUGUAAAUAUAUGAAAUAAAAUAAUGAUAUAAUGUAA